CACAAACCAGAUAGAGCAACUCAUCAUGCCAUGUCGGCACCUGGCAUAAGGCCAGCAAAGCGCGCCGAACCCUGCGGAACGCUCAUUUGCGCCAAGCGACGGCGGCAAAGGCAACUGCCCGCGUCGGUGCAAGAAAGCUAUGAGGAGGCAGAGGAGGCGGAGUAUGAAGACUCCUUUCUUUCGGCGCCGGAUGGCCUGGACUUAGUACAGGCACCCAUGACCCCGCCAGACGAGGGACGCUGCACGGUGGCUGCUGCUUUUUGGCAGGACAGUGUGGAGGCAGAGGAGGAUGAAGCCUUUGGCACAUCCAGCACUGAAGUGCCACCUCAGGACAUGGAAGAAGCCGACUUUGAGCAGGUCGCUGUGGAGGAUGGCGACGAGGGAAGAGCCCUGGAAGAGGAGGAAUUGGAGGCUGCAGAGGCAGAGGCCGAAGACCCGGAGGAGGAGGGCGAGGAAGCGGACCUCGACCCCGAGGCCGCAGACCCGAUUCCGCAGCCUUGUACUCCUCAGGAGCCGGUGCCCGGCGAUGUUUGGCAGCCGCUGCACAGGACAUUGCCGGCAGCACGUUCAAAUUUGCGGAGGGAGAAGCGGCCGGUUGCGUCUGUCUCUUUUGCGCAGGUGGAAGUGGAGGAUAGCUAUCUUUUGGAUGACGUGACUGGCUUGAAAGCAGUCAUUCACGUGGAAAGCUAUCGAGAUGAGGACCUUUGGUACUCCAACCCCGGUGCAGCGGUCCGUUGCGGCUGGUGCGAGCGCAUUUGCCCACAGUCUCUGGGGAAGCUGCACGGCGAAGAAGGUCGAUCACAAUUUGCUCAGCCAGACUUUGUUUGCAAUUCGUGCCUAGAAGCUGCCCAAGAUGCUUACGAAGCAUGGCUGGCGCAGAAGGAGGCGGAACCGGAUCCGCCGCAGAAUGAGUCACUAGGAGAGAUACCGUCUGCCUUUUAUUGGCAAUCAUUACAUUGGCCUUCGGGACAACAGACAGCAACGUUUGCACUGAUGCGGCCGCCGCAAAUUCCACGGCGUUGCUGCAGACGCCGCAGCUGGUCGCCUUGGCCUUGCAGGAGGAGCCGGCUGAAGCUGCGCUGCUGGUGGAGGACGAUGAGCCGGGAGAAGAAUGAUGGUGAGAAAGUGGGAAGAGCUGGACAGGAAGUCGACUCCAAGUCCCUACCCAAGCGCUCAGAUAGGCCCUGAAGCCGCUUUGUAUCAUUAGAGUCUCUCCAGCGAGGAGAGUUGCCGGAGAGUUACGCCGAAUGUGCGCUCUCACUGUCGCUGAGUUCAGAUCCUUGCAUUUAAACGGUCUGGAUUCGCAAUGCUGCGGAUUCUCAGCAGUGCAUUCGGACGAGCUCAGAAGUCCUGUUUGCGGUAUGUGGGCGUCGGCCCAUUUGAUCGAAGGUUGUCUCACAGCUUGCGCACAAACCUUCAUCGCUUGCGAGAAAGCGCCUCCAUGCCUUUGCGGCACUGGCCAGAACUGGAGACGAGUGCGGAGUCUUGGUCAACGUCCUGUACAACAAAUGGCCAUGCAACUUACUCGGCAGGCGACUUGUUCUGGACCCCCCUUCCUGGAGC